AUGGGUUUGGCAGCUACAAGGACGAAGCAGCGGUUCGGGAUGGACCCCAGAAACACGGCGUGGAGCAACGACACGUCAAGAUUCGGACACCAGUUUCUAGAGAAGCUGGGAUGGAAGCCAGGGAUGGGCCUUGGGCUUUCUCCUAUGGACUCGCCUACGUCGCAUAUCAAAGUGUCGAUUAAGGACGACAACGUGGGGCUGGGCGCCAAACUGAAGCGUAAGGAGAGGAAGGACGAGUUCGACAACGGCGAGUGCGCCGGGUUGGACGUUUUCCAGCGGAUUCUAGGUCGUUUGAACGGCAAAGAAAGCGAGAUCUCGCAAGAAUUGGACACGCAGAGGAAGCAGAAGAUCAUCGACGGGAAGUGGGGGAUCCAUUUUGUCAAGGGAGAAGUCCUGGCAAGCACCUGGGACCCGAAGACUCACAAACUCAGAAACUAUUCUAAUGCAAAGAAAAGAAAGAGCGACGACGACGACGACGACGACGACGACGACGACGACGAAGACAAGAGUGAGAAGAAGAAGCACAAAAAACACAAGAAGGACAAAAAGGAGCACAAGAAGCACAAGAAGGAGCACAAGAAGCACAAGAAGGAGGAGAAGAAGAAGCUGAAAAAGGAGAAAAAGGCCAAGGAGACGAAACGUACAUCGAAGUUGAAAUCCAGCGAGUCUGCGUCCAAUAUUCCUGAUUCGGUGAACACGAGGCUGUCGGUGCGCUCCAAAUGGAUCAGACAAAAGAGGGCAGCACUAAUGGACUCCAAGGCGCUGAAUGAGAUCUUCAUGAUUACAAACGACUAG